AUGGAGUGUGGAAAGAGAUUCCUUUUGAGUAAGCACCUUAAUGCACAUCAUCGCACUCAUACUGGUGAGAAACCAUUUAAAUGUAUGGAGUGUGGAAAGAGCUUCCUUUUGAGUAAGCACCUUAAUGCACAUCAUCGCACUCACACGGGUGAGAAACCAUACAGAUGUAUGGAGUGCGGAAAGAGCUUCAGUCAUAGUCAAACCCUUAGAAUACACCAGCGAACUCACACAGGGGCAAGACCUUUUAAAUGCAUGGAGUGUGCAAAGAGCUUCAGUCAAAGCGGACAACUUAAAAACCAUCAGCGAACUCACACAGGGCAGAAACCAUUUAAAUGCAUUGAGUGUGGAAAGAGCUUCACAAAAAGUGGAACGCUUAGAAGACACCAGAGAACUCACACAGGGGAGAAACCAUUUAAAUGUAUGGAGUGUGGAAAAUGCUUUGGUCGUACAGAUUCGCUGAAAAUGCAUCAAUGUACUCAUACAGGAGAGAAAUCAUAUAAAUGUUUUGAGUGUAGAAUAUGCUUCAAAAAAGUGGAUGCCUCUGUAUACAUGAGCAAACUCACAGGGGUGAGAAACCAUUUAAAUGUAUGGAGUGCGGAAAGAGCUUCCUUUUGAGUAAGCACCUUAAUGCACAUCAUCGCACUCAUACUGGUGAGAAACCAUUUAAAUGUAUGGAGUGUGGAAAGAGAUUCCUUUUGAGUAAGCACCUUAAUGCACAUCAUCGCACUCAUACUGGUGAGAAACCAUUUAAAUGUAUGGAGUGUGGAAAGAGCUUCCUUUUGAGUAAGCACCUUAAUGCACAUCAUCGCACUCACACGGGUGAGAAACCAUACAGAUGUAUGGAGUGCGGAAAGAGCUUCAGUCAUAGUCAAACCCUUAGAAUACACCAGCGAACUCACACAGGGGCAAGACCUUUUAAAUGCAUGGAGUGUGCAAAGAGCUUCAGUCAAAGCGGACAACUUAAAAACCAUCAGCGAACUCACACAGGGCAGAAACCAUUUAAAUGCAUAGAGUGUGGAAAGAGCUUCAGAGAGAGUGGAACGCUUAGAAGACAUAAUCAAAUUCACACAGGGGAAAAACCAUUUAAAUGCACAGAGUGUGGAAAGACGUUCCGUGAAAGGGCAAAACUUUCCAUACAUCUACGAACUCACACAGGCGAAAAACCAUUUAGAUGCAUGGAGUGUGGAACAUGCUUCCGUCAUAGAGAAUCGCUGAAAAUGCAUCAGUGUACUCAUACAGGAGAGAAACCAUAUAAAUGUUUUGAGUGUGGAAAAUGCUUCCUUCAGAGUUCUAAUCUUAAUGUACAUCUACAAACUCAUACAGGGGAGAAACCAUAUAAAUGUUUUGAGUGUGGAAAAUCGUUCCUUCAGAGUUCUAAUCUUAAUGUACAUCUACAAACUCAUACAGGAGAGAAACCAUAUAAAUGUUUUGAGUGUGGAAAAUCGUUCCUUCAGAGUUCUAAUCUUAAUGUACAUCUACAAACUCAUACAGGGGAGAAACCUUUUAAAUGCAUGGAUUGUGGGAAAAGCUUCACCAGUAGUACAACGCUUAGAAGACAUCAGCAAACUCACAUGGGAAAAACUAUUUAA